GACUGACAGUUUCAGCUGCGGUGGAUUCAAAAAAGGUUGGGUCGUUUAUUUUCUUUAAACGGCGGCAGCAGUUUCAGCUUCAGACCCAGAUAACGACUACAGACCGAACCGGCAGCUACUCACGGAACCAGCAGCUACAGACCGAGGCAGUGGCUGGGUCCAGGGCAGCACUGGGAUCAACUCUUCAGGUUGUCCAAAAAUAGCUCCACUUGUUUUUCCAGGUGCUGUGCUCAUCACGCAUCAAUGGAGGACUACUUGAAAAUUGAGAAGAUUGGAGAAGGUACCUAUGGGGUGGUGUAUAAGGGCAGACACAAGGCCACGGGGCAGGUGGUGGCCAUGAAGAAGAUCCGCUUGGAGAGCGAGGAGGAGGGUGUUCCCAGCACCGCCAUCAGAGAGAUCUCUCUGCUCAAAGAGCUGCAGCAUCCCAACGUUGUACGACUCCUGGAUGUUUUGAUGCAGGAAUCUCGUCUCUACCUCAUCUUUGAGUUCCUGUCCAUGGACCUGAAGAAAUACCUGGACUCCAUCCCUUCUGGACAGUCUACAGACCCGAUGCUGGUUAAAAGUUACCUGUACCAGAUCUUGGAGGGCAUUCACUUCUGUCACUGUCGCCGAGUCCUGCACCGAGACCUGAAACCCCAGAACCUGCUGAUUGACAACAAAGGUGUCAUUAAACUGGCGGACUUUGGCUUGGCCCGGGCCUUUGGGGUUCCUGUCAGAGUGUACACCCACGAGGUUGUAACUCUUUGGUACCGGGCUCCAGAGGUUCUCCUGGGUUCCCCUCGGUAUUCCACGCCUGUUGACAUAUGGAGCACAGGGACCAUCUUUGCUGAACUGGCCACCAAGAAGCCUCUGUUCCACGGAGAUUCAGAGAUCGACCAGCUCUUCAGGAUCUUCAGGACUCUGGGAACUCCAAAUAACGACGUGUGGCCUGAUGUAGAAAGUCUACCUGAUUACAAGAACACCUUUCCUAAAUGGAAGUGUGGCAGUCUGUCAUCCAUGGUGGCCAGUCUGGAUAAGAACGGCCUCGACCUGCUGGCUAAGAUGUUGACCUACAAUCCUCCCAAGAGGAUCUCUGCGCGUCAAGCCAUGUCCCAUCCGUACUUUGAUGACUUGGAUAAAUGUUCUCUGCCUGCUGCCAACGUCAAAAUCUAGAACUUUUUUUUUUUUUUUUUUUCCUUCUUCUUUCACAGUUUGUACAUAUUUCAGUGUGGAAGCUCAUCCUUGUCUCAAUAAAAUGUUUUCUUCUUCUUGACCCUUCAAAUA